CGUGGCACAGGCCAAAUCUACAUUUGAACUUCCGCCGCACAACCGCCAGCGUCAAUGUCUUGGGCUGGUUCCUCUCCUCCCAGGACGUAGCGACGCACACACCCUUCGCGGUCUCGCCAUAGUCGUGCUGAUGCCACAUGAACAGUGGUUGGGCUGUGACAUCACUACCGCAUAAUUUCAAGCACGAUGGAGAAGCUUUGCGUCCUCCUGCUGGUCGUCACAGCGGAGGCACAAGUUAUAUUCCCUGGUGAGGACGCCAGCUCCACCGCCGCGCCAAAGCCUGCAGUAAUCAACCCUUCUGACAACCGCAACAUUGUUCCUGCAGAUCAUAGGAUAUAUUUUCCGGGUGAAGUAAUCCCCCGAGCCCCUGCCACCAUCACUACUACCACCACCACCACUACCACCACAAGGCCUUCAGGCGGCGAGCUUCAACCUGUUCGCAUCCCUAGUCCCAGCCCUAGUCCUACCCACAGCCCUGUUUCCAGCCACAACCAGAGCAUGCCACUGAAUGUUAGCUCGUCUAUCAUUCCUAACGAGUGCGGCACAUCGAUCUUUGACAGUCGGAUCGUUGGUGGAACAGUCACAGAGCCCGGGGAGUGGCCAUGGCUGGCAGCGAUGGGCAGGAAGAGCAGAGGAAGAUUCAUCAAUUCUUGCGGCGCCUCUCUCUUCACUGUUCGCCACGUCCUGAGCGCUGAACACUGCUUCACUGUUCCUAUCAAGCCAGACACAGUGAGAUUGGGAGAGUAUGACUUCACGCGCUCUGAUGACGUGCCGGACACUCAAGACUUCGGCAUCCUGGAGAGCCACAGCAGGGAUUACAACAUGCAGACGUAUGAGAAUGACAUUGUCAUUGUCGUCCUGGACCGCGAUGUUGUGUUUACAGAUUACAUUCGGCCGGUUUGUCUUCCAUUCAACGAACGUGAGAACGAUUUCGCAAACGAGCGCCUGAUAAUAGCUGGCUGGGGGAAGACAGACUAUGAGACCUCAAGCUACUCGAACGUGCCCCUUGAUGCUAGCGUGCCGGUGGUGGACAGAGAACAGUGCGCCCAGAGUUACAUGCGAGCUGGGAGGCGACGCGUGAAACCUGUGGUGGAUAAGAGGCAAUUGUGUGCUGGUGAUGGGACGAAGGAUUCCUGCAGUGGUGACAGCGGCGGUCCUCUGCACUACCUGUCCCUUAACGACGGCCGGUACUACAUUGUGGGAAUAGUGUCCUUCGGGCUCGAGUGUGCCAAUGCUGAUUACCCCGGGGUGUACACGCGAGUCACCACCUUCCUGGACUGGAUCAUGGACAUCGUGCAAUAAGGAGAAACCACAGAAAAUAUACUGUAGACCUAACUUCCAUAAUCUGGUUUCCUUUAGCAUGUCAAGUGAGCCAUCUUAUCGUGUAGAACUUUUGGAACAUUCUGGUACAAGGAAGCUCGUUUAGAAAGAUCCGUAAUAACACGAAAACACCAGAAAAUAAGGGAAGCUGCAAGAAGCCAUCAGGCCUACACGUGGCAGUUCCUGCAUGAGACAUACAUACCUACGUAUUUCCACCCAUCAUCCUCAUCUAUGAAUUUGCUUAGUGUUAUUUUAACCUCCCUAAUGACUCAGCACUAACAAUCUGAUUACUGAGUCGAUUCCAUUCAUUUACCUCUCUAUUUAAGAAUCAGUUUCUUCCUACAUAAGGUGAAGAUAACUGUGAUAUUCAUGAAUAUAGUACCUCCAUAUUCCGUCUGUUUGUUUCGGUGUCUUGUAAAGCUUGUUUGGCUUACUGAAUUGUUGUUUGAGUGUUUAAGUUCUACCCUAUCGUCCUACAAACAUCAACUAUAAGUGGCGGGGUUGCCCAGUGCACGGGUGGUGCAGGUCAGUUGCGCUACUGUUGACAACACUGACCUGUAUAUUUUAUUGCAAUGGUUGACAACACGGCAGUAUUGCAGUGGUAUUUCUAAGGCAUGCUCAAUGGAGUUAAUAUUUUGUUCCAUGUGGCAACUGUCGUAAAUAAAAUCGAUUUUUUUACGAAAA